AUGUCGAGUUUGUGCAGAUUGUGUCUGCAAGAACGAAAAGAGUGCGUUCCUUUAACCGAAAACCGGGGCACAGAAAUGCUGGAAACUUUGACUUCCAUUAAAUUUACAAACAAUGAAAAAAUCUCCACAUUAAUAUGCCCCCAGUGCUACCAAGACCUCACAACCGCCUUCAACAUCCAACAAAAGCUCCUCAAGGUGGAACUUCAACACCAGGACAACCUUUUGGCCGACUUUCUUACCCAGAAUCACGACGAGUUGAAAAAGCUUGCUCCUGAAGACCUCCAGAUCAAAGAUGUUGCCCGAACAACCACCAAGGAACACCAAUUGAAACCUGAUGUUAACCAAUCACCGGUUAGGCAUUCCUGUGGACUGUGUUGUGACAAAUUUCAGUUUCCUGGGGAGUUCGUCGAUCACUUGAAGCAGCAUAUUCUUAGUGGUGUCAAGACUGUCAAGUCGCCUGAAAAAUGCGAGAUUUUGUGUGAACAGUGCGGCGACAUUUUCACUAGUAGUGAAACUUAUGAUGAACAUAGGGUUACUGUUCAUCCAGGUUUUGUAUGUGGAACAUGUUCUGAGUGUUUUGGUUCGAAUGAUGACUUGGAGGAACAUGUUAAGGAGAAACAUACAGAAUUGAAGCAGUUUGUUUGUGAUAUUUGUAAUGAAAAGUUCUCGCUUAGGUAUAUUUUGCAAGUCCACAAGGUUCAACAUAGUAUUAAGUAUCCAUUUGUGUGUGAUGAUUGUGGCCGAAGUUUCAAGUAUUUGGUUAGUUUGGGGGUGCAUCAGAAGAUGAAACAUAGUCCUGGUGGAGCGGACAACCACCAGUUUGCGAUUACGUUAAAAAAGCAGUUGUUUAAGUAG